AUGACUCCUAAAAGAUUUAUUACUUGGUUGCUCUCAUGCUUCAUCACUGGGGCGUGGCGCAUCACGUACUUGUCGACUCACCUCGCCCCUAUCUCGGGUGUCAGUAUUGGUCCUUCUUCCGCUGAAGAAACCUCUUUCUCGCUUUCCCCAGAUGUUGAUGAAUUCGUUUCCAACACGAAGAAUACAGAUACUUCCAUAUCACUUCCCUACGAUUAUACCAUUUCCACUGCUGCUGGAGGCGAUGUCUUGGUGACAGCUCCUCUUCCCACGAGCAUCGACGUUGCCUACAAUACGCAGGAAAUAAACACUCCAACUUUGUUUAGGGUUCUUUCAUAUAUUCUAUGA